AAAAAAGUCCUAACAGGACUAAAAUUAGCUCAGCACUUUGAGAGCGCGCGAGCGAGCGAGAGAGAGAGAGAGAGAGAGAGAGAGAGAGAGAGAUCCUCUUCUCGGCGGCGACUUUGUUUAUUUGAGUGGAGAGUGAGGGAUAAACCCUAACCUAAUCGAAGAUUGUCGCAAGAGAAAAACCUAAGCAUUCCGUUUCUUCGGAGGGGAAAGAAAAGAAAGCAGAGCCCUAAUUCGUAGAAGGAUAUUGAGAAAAGCGAAUGGGCAAGAAGAAGAAGAGGCCUUCGAAAGUCUGGUGUUAUUAUUGCGAUCGAGAGUUCGACGAUGAGAAGAUCCUUGUUCAGCACCAGAAAGCCAGACACUUUAAAUGCCAUGUUUGCCAUAAGAAGCUCUCCACCGCAGGAGGAAUGGCUAUACAUGUUCUUCAGGUCCACAAGGAGUCCGUUACCAAGGUUCCUAAUGCUAAACCUGAUAGAGAAUCAACAGAAAUUGAGAUUUUCGGAAUGCAAGGGAUCCCUCCUGAUGUUUUAGCAGCACACUAUGGAGAGCAAGAUGAUGAUACCCAAUCAAAGAUUGCCAAAGUGGAGAUUCCAACCCCAAAGCUUGGGGUUGUGGUCCCAGGAGCAGUAGGUAUUGGGUUUCCUCCACAAUCCCCUCUGGGUGCAAUGCAACCAAUCUACAAUUCUGCAUUAACAGUGCCUCCUUCGGGCUGGCCAGCUCCUCCUCGGCCACAACCUUGGUUUCCACCACAUCCAGCAGUUUCAGUGACUCCUGCUGCACCUGUGGGAGUGGCACAGCAGCCUCUAUUUCCUAUACAGACUGGGCAGCCUCCUCUUUCAUCCAUCACAUCCCCACAGCAACCACCAUUUCCAAUCACUCCACCUGGACUACCCUCAUCCACACAGCUUGUUCCUAUUUCUCAACCUUUAUUUCCAAUUAGUGGGAGUGCUACUGCCGUAACUCAUAGUUCACCAUUUUCUGCCCCCGUGCUUUCAAUGACAAUUCCACCGAGCACUCCAACAGAACUUAAAAGCUUGAUUGACACAUAUUUAAGUGCGAACUCUUCUACUGGAAAUAGCUACCAUAACCCAACUGUUCAAGGUGGUUCAUUUGCAAAUUCACAUACAUAUGCUUCAGGUCCAAAUACCGGUGGUCCUUCCAUAGGGCCGCCCCCUGUGAUUGCUAAUAAAGCCCCAGCAACUCAACCAGGAGCAAAUGAGGUUUAUUUAGUUUGGGACGAUGAGGCCAUGUCCAUGGAAGAAAGAAGAAUGUCCUUGCCAAAGUAUCAGGUGCAUGAUGAAACUAGCCAGGUAAGUUACUAUAUCUCCCUCUUAUUCAAAUGGGUAUUCGAGUUGCUUUGCAUAUCCAAAUGGAUGCGAAGGCUUUAUAUUUGCUGCUUUUCAGAUUCAGUUAUUCAGACAUUCUUAUGUAUGUUAAGAGGUACUUUCAUGCCUGCAUUUUUCCCUAUUUUAAAAAAGAACACACUGAAAAGAUUCAACGGGCCUUUUAAUCAAAUAUUACUCUAGUUCUUACUAUGAUAGCCGAGGGGGCAUGGUGCUAUUUUUAACUGCCACUCUGCGGUUUGCAAGCAUUUCCUCCGAUUUUGUGGGCAUCAAAAGUUUCAAGUAGGUAUUCACAUUAUCUUUGCUGGUAGUUAGUAUUUACAAAUCUGACAAGCAUGCUGUGAUCAGCUGGAGGGUUCUUCAACCUAGCAUCGUUCCAUGCGAAUAAAAUAGUGUAUGUAUUUGCUUUGUUGAAAAUUUGAAUUUGUUGGUUGGUAUUCAUUCUCCCUAUGCUUGAUUAUGAAGUGUGGGGGUUUGGGAAGGAGGAGAAUAUUGCCAACAGGCUUUUUCCAAUUCAUAGCAUUUCUUAUUAUCUUUUAUGAUCGCACAGUGCAUUCAGACUUGGCCCAGGUCAGCUUCUGUCACAAGUUUGGUAUCUCUUGCAUAGAAGCAAACCUUAAUAUCUAAUUUGUCUCUGAGGAAUGACCAGUGGUCGGAAUUUAAUUCUGAUUUCCAGCAUUUUGGUUCCAUUUUUCAGAUGAACUCAGUUGAUGCUGCCAUAGACAGAAGGAUAUACGAAAGCAGGCUUGCUGGUCGAAUGGCCUUCUAGUUCCACCGUGUUUCAUUGGUGGAUGAGCCAUAUAGAACUCGCGAGGAGGCGAUCAUUCUCAAAGAACCAUAGACCAGAAGCCCAGUAGUAAAUCCAUGUUCUUAUUUAUUGUGCAUUCUUUUGGGAUGACGCCACUGUUCAUGAAUAUUAGAAUUUAGAAAGCCAUUUUUUCUAUAUUUUGAGGUCUGAACUCUGAGGGAUGUAAUAACGUUCAACGGUCUCAUCGUUUCUUGGAUUUCAUUUUUAACUAUCCAUUGUGACUUUAGUAGUGUUCACAUUAUAAGUGUAAGAAUCUUCAACCUAAUGUACAAUCAUCUGUGUUCCCUUGAA